CGGGCUGUUUUUGCGUCACGGAGCGGCCAUUUCAAGCACCUGAGUGAGAGUGACAGAAGAGUUUCCUCGGCGUCUUCGAAGGGAGGCUCUCAAGAAGGAGCCUGGGAAGGAUUGGCUGCUUCUGACAGGGCAAACCACGGACACUUAUAUCAUGGAAGACUUGAAGGCAGUCGUACAUUCAGAAUGUGAGGUGAUGGAAGCAAAACCCAGUGAGUGUGUGAAUAAUGACAUUCCCUUCCUGGUGGAUGAAAAAUUUGACUUUGACCUUUCACUGUCUCCUAUGAGUGAAAAUGAAGAUGAAGUUUUUCUUGGACCAAUGGGCCAUAAAGAGAAAUGUAUUGCUGUCUUGCUUGAAUCUCAAGAAGGGCUGAAGGACAAAACCUCACCACCAGCUCUGGAUAAACCAACAUGGAGUCCACUUGCUGGAGAGAAAUUUGUGGAAAUUUUUAAGGAAGCUCAUCUGGUAGCACUGCAGCUACAAAGUGCAAGCAAAACCAAAAGAAAAAAUGCUGCCCAGCAGGAAGAAGCAAAGUCGGGGACUGUGGAAAAGUUUGUGCAAGAAUCAAAAUCAAAACUCAAGAUCCUUGAGAGAGGAAUAGUGACCAAUAAAACUCCAACAUCGAUAAAGAGAGAGACAUUUUAUGUGGGGGAGAGUCCAAUUUCCCAACUGCCAUCUUCAUUACAGAAGUGUUCAAGUCACCCUGCCAGAGUGACAGAAGUCUCUCAUUGCCCGCAAAGACUUCUAAAUGCAUCUAGUCCCGGGAAACUGGAUAAAUUACCCAAAACAUCUGUGAUGCAUUUAUCCCAAUCAAAGAGUGAAAAAAGCAUUAAAACACCAAGCACAUUUCAGCCUGUAAAAAAUGCAUCUGGAAAUAACAAUAGUGUAACCAAAGGACAGCCAAAACAAGGGAAGCUUUCAAGUUCUUCCAGCAGGAAUAAUCCAAAUAGCAUGGGGUCAUCUGAAGAUUUGCUGUCUGAAAAAUCAAGCAUUGCUUCAGAUGGAGAGUCACCUUUCUGUAACAGCUCUUCAGCACGAGAGAACCAAACUCUUCCUACUCCCAGCAAGUUGAGUGCAAAGACAAGGCAGCUGAAACCUCCCAGUAAUGUCCGUAUGAGAAAUAUCACUUCAUCUUCUUCAUCGUCAUCUGUUUCCAGCAUGAAUUCAAGCCUGAAUUCAAGCCUCUCACUCUCACCUAAAACUGGAAAAGUACACACAAGUGGCAUUGUGACAAAAGCUUUUGCAAACAGAUCCAGCCUCUCCACUCCAAGCAAGACUUCUGCAGUUAGGUCUAUGAAAAUGUCAUUGGGACAGACUUCUCAUGUGGAUACAUCUGGAAAUAUACAAAAAUCUACAAGUGCUACUAAAGGAAAUCUUUCUGUCAGUGUACCCAAAUAUAAAGCAGCUGCUGCUAAAUGUGAGACUUCAGGCAGCGGGAUUCAGAAAGGGGGUUCAAAUCCUAGUAAGAAACUGGCACAGAAAAGUAUGCUGGGAAACCUAAAAGCAAGUUCAAGCCCUAAACUCAAAGCUAAAGCAAUGUCUCCAGUCUCAAAAGAAGAUAUGUCUGCAAAAAGUGUAGCUGCCAGAGUCUUGCAACCAGUCAAGUUAUUAUCCUGUGGCAAUGCUGAAAGCAAUGUUGCAGUCACGCCACCCCUCAAACGCUCAGAAGAAGGGAGUAUGUCAAAAUCCUGUUCUGCUGCAACGUCUGCUUUAAGGACUCCUGCUAGUAGUGUCAGGCAUUCUUCAUUGCCUACACCUGGUGGUCGACGCCUUUCUGGAAUUCCAAUGCUGACCCCCAAAACUCAGCCUAGAUUUAUGUCUUCUCCUAAUCCCGAAUCUCUUCAUCAGGUCUCCAAGGUGUCUUCCAAAAAGCCACAAGUGCCUAGCACAAAAUGGGAAAAAGACAGCAAGACAAAGGUGAGCACCUCUAGCUCGUCUUCAGCAGAGGAAAGCUCAACUCUAUCACAGAUUGAGCCUAUUGCGCUUGUCUUUUCGCCAGAGAAAUCUUCUGAAGAGCUGGAACAGGAUGAGACUAAAAAAGAGGAACCAGCUAAAGAGAGUCUGCUGGUAGAUAUUGGACUUGAUAAAACACCAAUUGGAGUAGAUAAAAUUGUAAUCCAGAAGUGUGAAAACAAACCUCUCAUUGAUCUUUUUAACACCCCUGAAGUAAUUAAGGCCGCUCCAGUUAAAUCUACAGGACAGCUAAUAGACCUGAGCUCUCCUCUCAUUGAACUUGGCCCUGAAGGAAAUAAAGAAAACAUAGAUUCUCCUCUUAUGAAGUUUUGAUCCUUCGAACCAUCUUUCAGACAGGAAGAGUGUCUGUUGGGUUUUCAUUGAUCAAGGAGGGUACUAGACUGUAAAAAUAAGACUUGAAAAUGUUUAAAAUUGUAAACUGUGAGUGCAUGCUAAUUAUGUUGCUGCUAGGAAGAAUGGGGAUGUCAGUUUAAAUAUUAAAAUAAGCUUAUUGCUACAUGUGAAUUGUAAAAAUGUUCAAAGCCAUUUUAGAUGUUUGUUAAAUACAAUAAAGUAAUAAAUUUUAAAUAUCA